CGUAAAUAAACCACACCGGAACGUUUGAACUCAUCGGUCAUGUCGCUUUUACAAACCUACCGGAGCGUCGCUUCCUCCGGGAUUUGCGGCGCCGCCAGGCCGCUGCUCCGGUCCUUCGACAGCCGCGCAGGAGCGUCCGGACUCGGCUGCGCCUGCUCUCCGCCCCCGGUAGAAACCUGCAGCUCGAGGAGGAGGAGGUUUCAUCAGCUGUCGCCUCGUCCUCAGGCACGUGCAGCGGGUCUCUGGCCUCACAGAGGAGUUUCCACCUCACCGGGGGUCAGGAGCGAUGCUGUGGGAAAGAUCGAGUCGACUCACUAUCAGCUGGUUUACACCUGCAAGGUUUGCUCCACCAGGUCCAUGCAGAAGAUCUCUAAGUUGGCGUACCACAAAGGUGUCGUGAUCGUCACGUGUUCGGGAUGUAAGAACCAUCACAUCAUCGCUGAUAAUCUCUCCUGGUUCUCUGACCUGGAGGGGAAGAGGAACAUCGAGGAAAUCCUGGCUGCCAAAGGAGAGACUGUGAGGCGGGUGGAGGGCAGCGCUGCUCUCGAGGUUGUGUUGGAUGAAUCCAGAAAAAAUAAUCCACAAAAUGGAAAAGACACAGAACGGACAGACAAUGAGCCAGAAAAGCAAUAAAGUUUGUAAUGUGUUUAUACUCUGUGUGACAAACUGAAGGAGGAACCUGUUUGCUGGUUUAUUCUGUGUGUCUGCAGGAUGCGGAUUCAGUAGCUGCCUAUGGGACUAAAAUGAAUCAUGCUUGUGGCUUUUCUCACCCGAUCUCUGAGACAUUAUUCUGUAUAAAGCAGAUAUAAAAAUACCAGAUCAGGAAGUGUCUUUUGCAGGAAAGAUGAUUAAAGAGGUCUCUACAAUUUAUCAUCUCUUUGUAAAGUGUAAGAUAAGUGUAUUUAUGUUAAAUUAAACACUCGGCUUUUUAAUUGCAUUUGUCAUUUUGAGCAAAGAGUUAAGUUUUCAAUUCCU